AUGAAGGAGAUAACCUCUCAGCCCCAGAUUGAGCUUGUGUUUGAUCCAUCCAAUAACACAACACAAUCACAAUCACAAUCACAAUCACAAUCACAUUGUGAUCCUCCAGUUGCCAAAAAAUGCUCAUUAUCUUUCUCAUUAACACCAAUCUUGACUAAGUUCCAUGCAGGUUACUUCAGGAUAAGCCUCUCUUUGUGCAGCCAGGCUUUACUAUGGAAAAUACUUGGAGAGCCACCACAUAAUGCGCACGCCCUUCGACAACUGUUUUCCUUUCUACCAUCCAUAGCUUUUGCUCUAUUAUGGUCAAUAGCUUUGUCCACUUUAGCCUUCCUUUCACUUAUUUAUAUUCUGAGAUGUUUAUUCCACUCUGAAAUGGUGAAAGCUGAGUUCUUGCACCAUGUAGGAGUGAACUACUUGUUUGCUCCUUGGAUUUCUUGGCUUCUAUUGCUUCAGUCAUCACCUUUCAUAACUCCAAAAUCAGUGUACUACAUAGUGCUUUGGUGGGUUUUUGUGGUUCCCAUAUUGGUGCUUGAUGUUAAAAUCUAUGGCCAAUGGUUUACCAAAGGGAAACGUUUUGUAUCCGUGGCGGCGAAUCCCACAAGUCAAAUAUCGGUGAUAGGGAACUUGGUGGCUGCUCGAGCAGCAUCCAAAAUGGGGUGGAGAGAAUGUGCAAUUAUCAUGUUCUCAUUGGCCAUGGCACACUAUCUUGUUCUCUUUGUUACACUUUAUCAAAGACUAGCAGGGAGCAAUAGCUUGCCAGCGAUGCUAAGGCCAGUUUUUUUCUUAUUCAUUGCAGCACCAAGCAUGGCAAGUUUAGCAUGGGUUUCCAUUUCAGGGACUUUUGACAAUGCUGCAAAGAUGCUUUUCUUUCUCUCGCUAUUCCUCUUCUUGUCACUGGUUUCAAGGCCGAACCUCUUCAGAAAAUCCAUGAAGAAGUACAGUUUAGUAUGGUGGGCUUACUCUUUUCCUCUUACUGUCUUGGCACUGGCAUCCGCAGAUUAUGCUGAGGAGGUGAAGGGUGGGAUGGCUCAUGUGUUGAUGCUUGGGUUAUCAGCACUCUCAGUUCUUGUAUCUCUUGCUUUAAUGGUAUUCUCUGCUACCAAUACUAACAUGCUCGUACUGGACACGCUUCCUGUUUCCACUACUAAUCGUAGCAGCGAUAGCCAACAAAGUGACUCUGUCCCCAUCCUCUAGUUUGUAGUGUAAAUCUAAUAUUAUCUAUAGAUUAUGUAUUAGAUAUGUAUAAAAAAGUGUUCCAAAAUGUCCAAUUGUAUGUAGACCUCCAUCUUUGAUAUGUUGUAUGCAAUUUCUGGCCACAUACAAUUAAGGAAAAAAUCCAGAUUGGCAAUUGCCAUUUAAUGGUUCAAUAGCAUAUGUGGGGUUGCAAAAAUCAGUCAAAUCUU